AUGGUCAUGCUCCGCCACUUCCUGCUGAGCAUCGUGCUUCACUCGGUUUACGUCUCCGCUGCUCCCACCGCGCUCGUUAGUCCAUCAGUCACUCUCGGAAGCGCGACGUUCGUUGGAGAGACCUCUGGGACGGUACAGAGGUUCUUAGGCAUCCCAUUCGCCCAACCUCCGGUCGGAAACCUUAGGUAUCGCUUACCCCAGCCUAUCACAUACACGAAUGGUUCCUACGACGCAAAGAAAUACGGACCCUCAUGUGGUCAACAAUCUGUCGGAUUGCCUCUCCUCUCCGGCCUGACAGCGGAAGCAGCGAACUAUGUGAUCAAUUCAAUUUUUGGUCAAAUCUUCCCUGACGAUGAAGAUUGCCUCACUGUCAACGUCGUGAAACCCGCUACUGCUACUCCUGGUUCCAAGCUCCCUGUCGUUGUGUCAUCAACACCUCUACCGUAUAAUUUUGACCCUCCUGCGACAGGUGGUUUCGAACUCGGAAGUACUUCUAUGUAUGAUGGAGCAUUAAUCGUCAAAAAGUCCCAAGAUCUUGGACAACCUGUCAUCUACGUCAGCAUGAAUUAUAGGUUAACUGGGUUCGGCUUCCUUGCAAGUAAAGAGGUGAAAGAAGCUGGUGUCGGCAACCUUGGUCUUCAAGAUCAACGUGAGGCUCUGCGGUGGAUCCAAAAGUAUAUCACUCAAUUUGGCGGUGAUCCCACCAAAGUGACCAUUUGGGGUGAAUCCGCUGGCGCUAUAUCUGUUGCUCUGCAGAUGGUGGCGAAUGCUGGCAACACAGAGGGUCUUUUCAGAGGCGGGUUCAUGCAAUCAGGAGCCACCAUUCCAGUUGGUGACAUCACAAAUGGCCAGAAGUAUUACGAUGCCGUGGUUAAAGAAACUGGUUGCACUGGCGCAUCAGAUACUCUCGAUUGCUUGAGAACUAUCCCAUAUGCUAAAUUGAAGGCUGCCAUCAACAAAUCUCCUGGCAUUUUUGCUUACCAGUCUCUCAACCUUGCGUGGCUACCCCGCACAGACGGCGUUUUUUUGACGGACAAUCCCCAGAAUCUUGUUCAGCAGGGAAAGGUUGCAAAGAUUCCUUACGUCACUGGCAAUUGUGAUGAUGAAGGCACUCUUUUUUCCCUUGCCAACCUCAAUGUCACUACCGACGCCCAGUUUAAAUCUUACCUCAAAAAUACAUUCUUGCCUGGCACGAGCAACGCACAGAUUGACAAGAUCGCAAAACUGUACCCCAAUGAUAUAACUGCAGGAUCUCCUUUUAAUACUGGCAUCUUUAACGCAGUGACGCCCCAGUUCAAGCGGCUGGCUGCAUUCCAAGGAGAUGGUGUAUUCCAAGCGCCUCGUCGCUGGAUGCUGCAGCAUACUGCGAGCAAGCAAAAUGUCUGGGUAUUUGUGAGCAAGAGACUCAAAGGUAUCCCUGGUCUCGGAGCUUUCCAUUUCUCUGACAUUCUCAACGUCUACGGUGGAGGCGACAUGGCGGGUCAUCUGAUCCGUUUCGUCAACAAACUCGACCCCAACCCUGUUUUUGGCUACCAGUGGCCAAAAUACACACUUGCAACUCGCAAAAUUGCGACUUACGUCGAUGGUCUGAACCCCAUCGUAACAGACACAGACGACUACCGCGCUGAGGCGAUGAGCUACCUCACUGAGGUCACUUUGGCCAAUCCAGUUUGA